AUGUCACCGUCGGGAUCUGCAUCCUCCAUCGUCGCGGACACAACGGAAGGGUACCACUUUCUCACGAUCCGCGACUACUCCCGUACGAAGGGCGUCCCCACCGGAGAGCGGAUCGGUUCUCUUCCCUUCACAGUUGGUGGCCACUGCUGGCGCAUCUACUACUUCCCCAACGGUGUACGCUCGGAGGUCGCGGAUUACGUGUCCUUCUCCCUCGAGCUAGAUGAAGAUGUCCCGGCUACGGUGAAGGCCCAGGUUAAAAUUUGUUUCGCCGGCGAGGAGGAGGAGGCCGAGCAGGCGGCGUCGCUGGCGUUGGCAUCGGUGGACGAAUUCACCUCGCAGAAGUGCAGGCAGUACGAGAAAUUCAUCAAAAGGGAGAUCCUGGAGAACUCGAGGCAUCUAAAGAACGACUCUUUGAGCAUCCGGUGCGACAUCGCUGUCAUACACGGUUACCGUGGGGUGGACGGCACGACCGCCUUUAUUUGCGUGCUCCCAUGCGACGUGCGCCAGAACCUUGGAAAGUAUAUCGAGACCAACAAGCGCACCCACGAGGUGUUUGAGGUCGGUACUGAGAUCAUCGCCGUGCACUACUGCGUGCUUGUGGCAUGCUGGGCCUGCUCGCCGGUGUUGGAAGCCGAGCUCUAUGGAGCCAUUAAAGAGGACAACACUGCCGCUGCCGGCGUGGUGCACGUAGAAGGCAUGGAGGUGGAGGUGUUCAAGGCGCUGCUCGAUUUCGCGUACACGGGCCGUCUGCCGCAGACGUCCAAGGAAGACGACGAGGUCAUGUGUCAGCGUCUUCUAGUCGCGGCAGACAGGUAUGGCAUCGUGCAGCUGAAGCUAUUGUGCGAGGAGUGGAUGUGCAAGUACAUAGAUGUGGGCACUGCUGCGACCAUCCUGGCGCUAGCUGAGCAAAACCACUGUGAGGGGCUCAGAAAGGCAUGCUUCGAUUUUCUCGCCGCUCCAGGAAACUGA